CUGCUGUGUUUAAAUAUGUUUUUGCCAAAAACUUUAUUCGUGCCAUUCCAUGUGGGAUGUGGCACGAGUGUGGUGGCAUCAGCAGGAGUGGCGUGGAUGUUUGUGGCCUGGCAGAGGGUCUGUGAGGUGCCACGUGCUGCAGGAUGUAGGAGACGAUGACGUUUGGCAUCACUUCCCAUCAUCAGUGUUUGACAUCAGCAGCAGCUCUGCCCCGUGCUGGGAGUGGGAUAAGGAAACUCAAGCUGUCUCUGCCCACACCAUCUCUGUGUCUGUUGUAACCAAGAAAAGGAAUAUAUAUAAUUAGAGAGGAUGAUUUAGAUUUUCAGAUCCUGAGGAUGGUGACUAUGACACAGUGACAGUUCCUGGAUGAGGUGGGAUCAAAAACGUGACUUUAGAGCUGAUUUCUCCUCCCGGCAUGGGAGGAUCCAGCUGCAGCUCCAUCCCCUUUGCUGUGAUAGUGACAUGCACAGCCCUCAUGAUGCUGAAGUGCUUUGAAAUCAGGUGGAAAAAGGCAUCCUGAGGUUCACAGGAUCAGUAUGUCCACAGAUCUUGGACCUGUUCCUCAUACAGCCCUUUCUACUCCCCUUGUGCCUGCUGAGCAUCUAUCCAGGAAACCCAGGCACUGCUGUGGAGGGGGAGGCAGGACUGGCAGUGCCUCUCCUGCCUUUAAUGCCUUUUGAUUUUCUUCCUCUCUUGGAUCAAACCUGUGAGUCAGAAGGUGCAUUGCUGGAGCCUUGACCACUGCAAGCUCAGGCUUAGAGGGGAGUGAUACCUGAGUGGAGUUGCAUUAAAAGUAGGUUUUAAAAAGGAGCCAUGUAUCUUUUAAACGAGGGCUAAGUGUCGGGGCUCAGUUAGGAGCUGUCCCUGCCUGCAGGAGCUCGAGCAGUGUGUCCCUGACAGGACUGUGCUCUGUGGGCAGCAGCUUUAGCAGCCAGCAUGAAAUUCAAUAAAUGUGUCGCUCCUUCUGGAGAACUUCUGCAGCUGAAACAGGAACACAAAGCUGUUUAUCCACAGCAGCCAACACAGGCCUCAGUGGACUGGGAAAAUAUGCACCUGACCUUUGAUGAGACUGUUGUGUCCUCCACAGAGAGCUUGUGGUGAGAACACCUGGAUGGCACAGGAGCCAAGGAAAUGGCACGGGAGCCAAGGAAAUGGCACAGAGGACAGUUCCAGGCCACAGGCACGAGUGCCACGUGCUUGGGGACUAGUCAGAGAUGGUCAGGCACUGCCUGUCAAAUAUCCAAGAGCAGGAGGGAGGCAAGAGCUGUGUCCACCACAGCUGCACUAUUAGACAUUAGAACCCCUUGCCCCUGUCAGCCAGGGCUGGGCUCUGUCUGGAUCAGGGAAUGAUUGGGUUGGAAGAGACCUUAAAGAUCAUCUAAUCCCACCCCUGCCAUGGGCAGGGACAUCUUCCACUAUCCCAGAUUACUCCAAAGCCCAUCCAGCCUGGCCUUGGAUGCUUCCAGAGGUGGAGCAACCACAUCCAAAUUUUAUGAGUUUAAGGGAUUUAGAGACAAUGCACAGAAACAGUCAAGUGUGCAUCUCCAGCAGCUCCUCAGCUCCUUUGUGCCUCUGCAGAUGAGAUCCCAGUGGUGCAAGCAGAGGUUUGGUUAUGUCCCCUCGCUGGCAGUGAGAACACAGCAAUAAUGACCAAAGGAAUAAACCUGCUUUCUGACUCUUGUUUUUCUUCUGUCUUCAUGUCUUGCUGGGAUUUUCUAUUAUCACUGAGCCAGGAACAGAUUCAUAUGCUGGGAGCAUGAUUAGUUUCCAUCUUGCACCUUGCAGUGGUCUCAAAACAAAUGGUUUCUCAAUGUUCUUGAAAGCAACAAAAAAAUUAAGCUUGGAGCAAAAUGUCCUGGAGGCUUUCUCCAGAAAAGCCAUGCUGAGGUUUCACUGGGACCAUCUCAGAGGAAAACAACAAGAUUCCACACCUUGCCUUUAUCCAGAGCAUGAGCCUGCUGUUCAUGUUUGGGGUUAUACCAAUGGACCACAGUUUUUGGUGUGUUCAUCAAUUUUGAUUGUUUUGUUCCCUUAGCAAAGUUAAUUUAAACAUUUAAUUAACAUUAAAAAUUUAAUUUAGCUUGACUGCUGUGAUGGGGGAAGGACAUAUCAUGUUCUAAAGCUUAUAGGCCUGUUAAGCUCAUUAAGUUGCAAGGUUUGAGAGGCUCAUCAGCAUUUUUUUUAUUGUUCCAUACAUUUUUUGUGGGAAAACCAAAGGAAAGCAGUAACAAGGUUCAAUACACUGUUCCUUUAACAAAGAAGCAAAGAACAAAGGAGGGAAGAGGUGAUGCCAUGGGCUUUGCAGGCAAGUGGAAGAUAUUGCUGCUAAUUUAUUGUCCUAAAAUGCAAAUUUUAUGGAUGCUGGGAGUUUUUAUUAUGGUCCUUAAUGAUUCCCAUGACCUGUGAUACCUGCCAGUGAACCUUAGCUGGGAGCAAAGCCUCCACCUGGGUGCCCUGCAGACAGAGGAGAAGCCAGAAAUGUCAAUUGCCACUUGUUCUGUUAAACCUGAUUUCCUCCAACCCUGAAGUGAGAAUAUAUAAGAUGUAUCUGAAUCUCCACAUACACUUUCUGCAUGCAAAUCACAGUUGUGGUGUGUUAAAUUGCAGCCUGAAGAGCCAGAAAAAAUAAACAGAAAGAAGGGAGAAGCAAAUAUGAGGGAUUGAAUCUUCAGGUAAAACCUCUUCUGUGAGUCUGAGGGGUGGGCAAACCCCUUGAGCCCCGUUCUGGGGCGGUGAUGUCUCAAUAAUUCUUACUUGUUUAAGUGCCAUCUGCAUCACCAAGGAGGUUUAGGUUGGAUUUUAGGGAAAAUUUCUUCCCAAAAAUUAUUGUCCAGCCCUGGCACAGCUGCCCAGGGCAGUGGGGUUGUCCCCAUCCCUGGAGGGAUUUAAAAAGCCUGUAGAUGUGGCACUUGGGGACAUGGGUUAGUGGUGGCCUUGGCAGUGCUUGGGACUCGAUGGUCUUGGGAGCUUUUUCAACCUAAACUCUCAUGUUUUUAUGGUUUUUUCAUGUGAAAGCUGUUUGUGGUUGGUCAAAGCCCUUGAAAAGGUGGAAUCUUCUCUGUGCACCUCUCAUGUACAAAGCUUGCGAGCCAGAAAUUUGGCCCAAUCCUCUUUUUUAGAGGGAUGUGAUAAAGCUGAGCACAGGAGGUGCUGACCAGGCACAGUGUAGGGGUCACCAGGAGGGCAAACAACUCAUGAUUUACAAAAAACUAAGUUAGUGAGGCACACCAAAGUUUACCUGGAGAGUCUAAGGCUGAACAUGGAAAUCCUGAACUUUUAUCACAAGCCUGUUCUUGUCCCUCGUCUUCACAAGCAGAGUUGUGCAAAGGUUAAUUUUGUAUGAAAAUGGAGUUAAACUAAAUGCAGAUGCAGUGAAAGCUGACACCAAACUAAGCUUGAGCAGAAUCCACCACAAAGUGCUUUUCUUUGCAGCAGAAACACGGACUAAUCCUCUUAUCCUUGGAGUUGGAGGUCCUGUAGAGUGGGAACGGGAGGCUCGAUUCAAACCAGAGGAUUUUCUCUCUGAAUAAGAGGACACAGACUGAAUAUGCAAAUAGUGAAAUGUUCUCCUGACGGGUUUUCUUAAGGGAUUGCUGACUGCAGGGUUUAAAUGAGGCUAAUUUAUCCCUAUUUCUCUAGCCCUGCUGGUCCUGAAGGAUCCUGAAGUAUUUCACCAGCAACUACAAGCACGUCCUUUUUAGAAGUCAUUGAAGAGUCAUUGGAUUAUGUCAACCACUGACAUGAUCAGCACCACCCUGGACAGUGGGGAACAAAUUGUCAAUCACAACCUGGGAUCACAUCAUGAAUUUUUCUAUAAAAACUGUCUAUGCAGGUUAAACUUUGUUUUCCUUCUUUGGAUCUCAAUGACAUUCGUGUGCUCGGGUUACCCCGUUGGCCCUUCCAAGAGCAACAAUCCUUUUUAUUUGAAUUGCCAGCUGUAUGGAAAAUCUGAUUAUUGCCUGCUCCUGCUGAACAGCUGCUUAGCCAAGGUGGGCAGGGAUGAAGAACUGGCUCUUUUAAAGCCUCACCUGGAGACACCUCUUGACAAAAGGUCCUUUCGCAACGGCGUGGGAUCGGGAAUUAAAAAAACUUCCUUUCGAAGAGCAAAGUCAUGAACAAGUGCCCCCAGCCACGGCCCCCAUUUUGACAUCUGAUGUUUAACUUUGUGCUUAAAGAGUUAUUUUGAUGCUUUUCUAGGAUCAGACCAGCCCGUGUCCUCAGCAUGUAACCGGGUGUUUGUUCCCGAGCGCUCGAGCCGAGCGGAGCAGAUGGGAUUGCUCGGAACGGGCUUUGUUCCCCAAGUUACAGUGUCAUAAAGUUUUGUCUUGGAAUGAAUGUUUUCAGUUGGUUAAUUCCCCUUCUUUGUAAAGCUACAGAUUUAAUCAAGUUGCUUUUGAUUAAUACCAAGAUAAUCCUAUGCUAUGAGUAGAUGUGUGUUCGCAGCCUGUGGGGAGGACAGAGAAUAUUAUUCCCAAAAUCCCUCCUCUCUGCCAUAGAGACAAACACGAGGCAAUCCUCUGCUUUCCUGUCCCAAAUCACAUUUACUUGAAGGCAACUGCUCUGGCAACUUUAAUACACAUUUAAAGCACAUUUUAUUUCAGAUUUCCAAAGAUAUGAAGGGGCACUGAUGAAAGGCAGAAUCAGGCCCUACUUGUAACUUCCACUGGCUUUUUAAUAUAGUUAUUUAAAAUUACUUUAGCAGGGAAUAAUCUCUGGAGACGUGUCAGCUCAUUUCCAGAAGAGUCCUGGGAAAUCACUGUAAGGCAGGGUAUCAGCACUGCUCCCUGUGCCUCAGUUAAUUGACUUCAGUAGGCAACACACAGCUGAGGAAAUGUGCCAAAUGUGGGAUUUUUUAAAAAUUUCCUGUUAAAAAAAAAAAAAAAGGUAAUUUUGUCUGAAAAUAGGUAAAUGCAGGAUGUAAGAAAGGUCAUCUGCUGAGUUACACGUGUGAGUUCUACCUUGUGGCUGUUUCCUCCAAGUGCUGUGAUGCUGGCUUGAAACGUGGCAGAGUGUCCAUGCAAUUCCUUUUGCAUUCAAAGCUAAGAUACUACUAAUAAAUCAAUAGAUGGAUGUUUUCUAAUAUUCCCCUGUUAAAGAUCAUAACCCAGGAGAUCAUUAUUAACCCUACAAAAAGGUGGUUUGGCAUCAUCACCUCCAUGGUGCCCAAUCGUGUGUUUUGUACCUCUGAGCCCGUGGGGAAAAGUGACCCAAUCAUGGAGCUCUUUUGGUGGGAUAUCAGAUUUCUGGAUGAUUCCUGGCUGAUUCAGGGAGAUCAAACGCGCUCCUGUCUGUGUUUGUCCAAGUUGAAAAGUUUAAUGCUUCAUAUUUUUUAGAGCUGCUUAGACACUUGGGCUCCUUUGGGACAGUGCUGGUCUCUAGGUUUCUUAGCUCUUGCAUCUCUUUGUUGAGUGUCUCCUAGAGAAUAUUAAAAAUUUAUAAGGAAAAUAUCAGAUAUUUGUUAUUCUCAUGAAUUCUGUCUCCUGUACUGUCAGAUGAGCAGGGCAAGAGCAGUGAUACAGGAAUUCCACUGCAGCAGGACAUUGGUCCUGUUCCGCUCUUGGCUGCUGUGAUUUUGGCCACUGCAGUCUCUUGCAAAUACAAUUGUCCAACUCCAGCAGCAUCCAGGUCUCUCCAGAACUGCCCAAAAAGCUGUGGCUGCAUCAUCCCUGGAAGAGUCCAGGGCCAUGUUAGAUGGGGCUUGGAGCAACCUGGGCUAGUGGAAGGUGUCCCUGCCCAGGGCAGGGCAUGGAACGGGGUGACUUUAAGAUCUAUUCCAACUCAAAGCAUUCUGGGAUCCUGUGAUUCCAUGAUUCCAUGAUUCUGUUCUGCAUCUGUGCACAGCUGUGGGGAUGGAGAUGUUUUGCCACAGUGCAGCUUCCUGGUGUGAUUCUGUCCUGCUCCUUGCAGCUCAUAUCCCACCCAACUUAAUUUUCAGGAAAUAAAAAAAACUGGAACAAA